UUCCGAUCGGGGCCGCGGAUAGUUUCAUAACCGCAUUCGCUAGUUGAUGACGAAUCGUUUGCAUCGGAACGCGACGCGGCACCAGCGGAUGAUCACGUAACGUCGUUCGUCUUCAACGCCCACCAGUCGCUUAAUCUUGCAGCUCAGCGCGAACGUCUACCGAUACGUCAGUACCGUGACCAGAUUCUGUACUGUCUCGAGCACUAUCAAACGCUCGUGCUGGUCGGUGAAACCGGAUCCGGGAAAAGCACACAAGUACCGCAGUUCGUCGCUGUGUGGUAGAAGGCUUGCACGAAGGGCGCAACGAACCUUUGGCAUCCUCCACGCCCAGCACGCACGUACACGCGGUUCGGAAGGACGUACGAUAAGGGCGCGCGCGAGCCAGCGACCGAACGGAACGAACACGGAGCAGUAGUUUGUAGUAGUAUUAGUAGUAGUAGUCCCCCUAUCCAGAAACGUUUACUGUCUGUGGUCCGUGUUGCAGUUGGUCUUUCGCUGUCGAUCGUGACGGUUACCGUGUGCGUGUUCUUCUUCCGCAAGAAGGUUCACAAAUCGAGCGAAUUGUGUUGUUGUCAAAUCCACAUAUAGAUCACGAUAUAUAAAUCAUCAAAUACAUAGAAUAGAAGAAUAUUUGUUGUUAGGAAAGGUAAUCCAGUGUUAAUAGCCCACGAUAAUCUCGCCAACUCCGUUCGAUAAUCAUGGUGGGUCCGAGCUCGCAGGUCAGCAAAAUAUUGCUGUCCCUGCUGUUUCUGCUGAUAGCGUUCUUCGCCUGGAUGGAUGUGAAUCUGUACAUCCGCAUCCAGGACUACCCGAUCCGGGAUACCGAUCCGUUCCUGAUGGCCGCCAACAGCACGCUGCUGAAACCGGUACCGGGUGGUAGCCAUGCCAGUAAGGUCACAUCGCCCGUACUGGCACCGUCGUCCUCGAUGCCGCUGCAGCUGAACCGGCACAUCGUGCGCUACGAGGAUGUGGCCUGGGUAAACUGCGAUCUAAAUCCGCUGUGCGACGUUACCGUGAAGGCGAUGAUGCUGGACCACACGAACCACUAUCUGUUCGCACCGAUCGCUACGAUCGUGGACAAUGUGGCUGGUUUUUCCAAGGGUGAUCUGGUAACGCCGAACAUGAUCUCGUUUUUCCACGUGUUCGUUGCGAUUGCGGCCGGCCGGAUGAUAGCGUCGGAUUCGCUCGGCUACCGUCGUAUCGGUGUGGUGCUGUUCCAGUUCCGCACGUUUCUGGACGAUCUGGACGGGCAUGUGGCCCGGGCAAAGAAACACAUCCGGGGCGAGCGUUCAGAUAUCGGGUCGGCCGGAUACUAUAUCGAUGGAAUUUGUGAUGGGCUCGGCUGUAUUGCACUAAUGAUCGGUGUGUUCGUAUUUCUGAAAAACAAUCCACCCCGGCGCGGCUACACACAGCUCCAGUCAAUCAUACCGGUGUCGGAAUCGAAAAGUUCUGAAUCGGGUGUAAUUUAUAAGGUGAAAGUCACGACCAAAAAAGUUGCCCGCAAGGUGCUGUGCUACACCGGCAUGCUGUUGCUUAGCUCGACCGGAUGGAACCGGUACAUCGCCAUCUACCAGGAUAUGCUCGAGCGGGAAAAUGUAACGCCGGCCCAGUACCUGCACCAGGAGUCAGUGUUCCGGUCGACCGGGUUCUUCUUCAUUGCCUGGCUGUGGCGCAUCUUCAACGUGCAUGCGCUGCUCCACUUUCUGCUGCUAAGCAUCUUCUGUGAUAAACUGUGGGAGUACCUGCGGAUGAUCCAGUACGCCGGGUACGUGGCGCUGCUGGUGAUCAUCAGCGUUGCCGAGAUGCAUCUGCUCGGUGUGCAGAACUUUAUCUACAAAUCGCUAACGGUGAACAAUACCUCGUUGUGAUUGCGCUAAGCCGCAGCGCGCAGACAUAUCCGCGCUUUCCGUCCCGCCGGUUUAAACAGCCGUUCAUCCUUUCUGUGGUCACCGUUUGCAGCACGGCCGUGCAAACAUACACCUCACACAAAACGCAAAACGCAAUGUCUCCAACCGUUCGGGUUCGGAUUUUCCAUGUAGUUCGUCGGAAGAAAAACUAAACAUCACACCAUUUACGCUGUCGUGUGUUUUACCGUAUUAUUGUGAAUGUGUUAGACACUCCCUUCUUUUAACGGAAGCUGAAACUAUUAAACCUUAACGUCUUAAGCCUUAGAAGAGGAAACGCUCGAACAUAGUAAGGGCAGUUUUACAAUCAUCAGUUGAGAGUGGUGGUAAUUGUUUAUAUGAGAAUCGUUGUAUAUCUAUAUUAUGUAUGUUGUGCAGUGAUAGGGUGAACCACGGCUAAGACGUGUGUAAAACAAGUGCAAAUAGUGAAAAAUCGUUUUGUUUAGGGCAAAGGAUAGAGAUUGCACAGCGCACAGAGCAGGUGAGCAGCGAGAGGAGAAGCUCUAGUAUAUGAAACUGUGUGUAAGAAACAACACUGAAACAGCCUUCAUGAUUAUUACGAUCCUUUAAUCCUAUAUUCUAGUACGUUAACUGUAUUUUAAUACCACAAACAUGUUUUCUACUUGUGUACAGUGUUGUAAUGUCAGCAGGCAGGAGCGGCGGUCUAUCUUUAUUGAACGGAGCGUUUCUAUUAAUACGUUGUACAGAGAUUAGCAAACUUUCCCCAAACAAAACCACCCCUUUCCCAACCUGUAGUGAACCCCAUUUUGUACACUUUUAUCGCUUUCCUUUUAAAAAAUGCAGGAUGUGGAAUAGAUUUAUAAGCAAGGAUUCGUUUUUUUUCUUCUUCUUCUUUUGUUAUUGUUUUAAGUAUUAAAACAUCCCUUAAACGGGACACCGCGGUACUGGGUGUGCUUUCACUUUGUGUACACUGCUCGGCCAAAUCCAUUACCCACGAACGCUGGAUAAAUGAUGCAGCACACUACUUAGCAAAUGAAAACGCAACUGAAACGUUUGCGUGUGUGUACAUUAACGUGCUGUGCACUAAUCAACAAAAUCAUUAAUAAGUUCCCUCCCGUAUCGUCCUUCCGAUUCCUCCCUUCACUGGACAUUAAGUGCUAUUUGUAUCCCUCGCGGGGAACAAACAAUCUUAACCUUUAACGACUAAAUGGAGUGAGAUGUGUCAUUUUGCGUUCUUGCCACGGGAACCUACAAAUAACGAGCGUGAAGCAUAUAUAUAUAUAUAUGAAUAUAU